CUCCGUGUAAUGCUGGGUGAAUUGUCUCGUUACACGACUCCAGUUAUGUACCAAACGAUCAGAUAAUGUAUUAGUUUGUCGAUCGGUCACUUUUUGUUUGUUUGUUAACUUUUGGAAGGUAUCUCUCUCUCUCUUUCUCUCGCGACACCUAGCGACUUUACGCAUUGAAGUUGCCAACGCCACACGGCGAUGUUGCUGAGCGUUUAAAGCUUUACACCGCUGCUGCAGUGCGGCACACGAUUACGCCUCUGACCGUCUCAUUUUACAACAAAAAAACGAAUUGUUCUUAAAUACGAGUUGAAAACGCUGCGCCAGCUGUCAUCUCCGAACGUGGAAUACAUGUAUGUAAAUGUUUUUUUAAAUGAUGUUUGUGAGACAUUCUAGUUUGGGUAUCUGUGCACGCGUCAUCCAUCGGGCGGUGUAACAACAUCAUGAGGCCGGACGAGUACAAGCAGCGGCGCAGCGUUGAGUACAGGCGGCGCCAGGGAGGCCGACCCACGGGGGACGCGGCGCCACCUGCGGCCGUCAGGGGACAGCGCAGGGGAGGCGGCCCCCAUCACCCAGGGAGGCCAUGGGACCCCCAGGACCAGGGCCCCGGACCCCAUCACCCAGGGAGGCCCUGGGACCCCCAGGGUCGAGGUGCGGGACCCCAGCGGCCAGGGAGGCCAUGGGACCCCCAGGACCAGGGCCCCGGACCCCAUCACACAGGGAGGCCCUGGGACCCCCAGGGUCGAGGUGCGGGACCCCAGCGGCCAGGGAGGCCUUGGGGCCCAGGGCAGCGAGGGAGGACGAGAGCUGGGGCGGGGAGGGCGCGUGGGUGGAGGGGAGGCCACUCGCAGCAGUAUGGCAGGGACGAGUCAGCUGGAUUUGGGGCUAAUGAGGAGGGAGCGGAUGAAGAUGUGUGCACGAGGUAUGAGGAGGAAGAGCAGCGGCGCUUCUCCCGACGGAAGAUUGUCAGUAAUUGGGAUCGCUAUGGGGGCGGCCAGGAGCCAGCAGCUGGAGGUGGGAAGGAGGGUCCCGUGCUGGAAGAGGAGUCUCAGGCCCCACGUGGCUCCGACUUCUCUGAGCUCCUCAGCUCAGCUGGCGAUGCCUUUGCCCAGUUCCGCUUCACCGAUGAGAGGGAGUGGGAGGCAGACUCGCUGGAGCGGCGCCAGAUGGAUGCUCUCUCCAUUGACUGCGAGGCCAUUGCCCUGGCUCUUCAUGGACUACCGCGUCACUUGAGACUCAACAUCGAACCGGAGAUAAUCCUGGAUGUGAUCCCCAAGGAUAUUGGGAAAGUUCCAACAUGGUCAGUGCCUAAACUAGACUUUAAGCAACCUACAGUUCACAAGCCGGCCUUUACUGCUCCGAGCCCUGCCACCACCACCACCACCGCCGCUGCUACCACUACCACCACCACUCUCAUUGCCUCCAAGAUUGUUUCCCCUGCCACUACUACUAACAUUCACUCACGAGAAACGUCAGGGUCCGGCACAGACGCACACCAAACGGACUCCGCUAGCCUGUAUUUAGUCACCGAGACAAAGAGCAGAGGCCCUUCAACUACAAAGGAGCCGGAUGGUGGUGGUGUUGGAAGAAGUGUUUUGGCAAACGUGGAGGUCGUGCCAGACGUGUUGGAUGAAGAGCUGGACUUCCUGCUCUCACUAGACAAGGCAGCAGCACCGCAGCCGCCCUCUGUGCCGGCGGAACACUCUCCAGAGAGCGCGCCGGGUGGCGAGAAGGAGCCGGCUGGUGUGGCCAGCACUGCAGCUGGACUGAACAACCUCGCUGGUGCCGAGUCAGAUUUAACUGACACCGCUGCCAAUGAUGCGGGCAGCGGGCUCGGCAACGAUCAGGCUGCGGAGAAGAUGGGCGCACCACCAAAGGAGGAGACAGAAUCACGAGUGCCCACCUCAACUGAUGACCUGGAAGACUGGCUGGACAGCAUGAUUGCGUGAAAAGUGUCGGGGCGGCACGGUGUGCAGUUCGAAUAGAGGGUAUGGGCGGUAUGAAGGUCUGGAGGAAUGUGACCAAUGCAUGAACGGAGUUCAUUCCAAGAAGUGUCGUCGGACAUUGUGACUGACUGCGUUCGGUGGUCCACUGUGUGUUUUUCAUGAACUAAGCAAUAGCUUCUCAUAAUUGUGAAAUCAACUUGAGUGUGGCAGCAAAUGGUGGCAAUUUUUUGCUCUAUCUAGAAACACCCUACUGAAUGGGCCUUAAUUUAUUGCUCUGCUUGAGAUGUUUCGGGCGAUUCCUUAAUUUGAGGGCUCGGACUGAUGUUCCUUUAGUUUAAAAAGUGAGCAACGUUGUGCCAACUGCACUUGCUAUUGAGCCAGCUUACGCAGAUGAUGGCUCAUUUCCCCAGAUUUUCUUUGACAAUUCGUGCUUGAAUAAAUAUGAACCCACCCGCAUGGCAAUGAGGUGGCCUAUUGUGAAAUAGUACAGCAAGUAUGUUUCUGCGGUUCAACUAUUUUCCCCUGGCAUGUAUGUUGAAUUGCUCCAGACAUUAAAGUGUCCCGAUUGAAUGUGUGACUAAAA